CAGCUCGACCGUCAGUAACUCCGACUACCUAACCUACCUAACUACCUAACCAACAAUUAGACAAAUAAAUUAUUGAUCUACAAAGAAAAUCAACGAUACAUUGUAAGCUCAGUACGAACAAGUACAAACCUAGUACAAACAAUAGAAUUGGUUUAUUUUGCAAAAAAAAAUUACCUGUUGGCUAUGUACAUACGAAUGAACUACUCUGUUAGAUGGCGCUGUAGAAUACUUUACACAUGGUGGUAAAUAAACAGUGAUAAGUUUGUGAAGAGCAGUCAAAGAUCAAUAGUUUUUGUGGCUUUUCAAGUGAUAACGAACCCUUAAUCCAAAAAAUUAUUCAUAUUUAUAACGUCAAGUUGAACUUGAACGAUUUAUUCGCUCAUCAACAUCCCCAUCCGCUCCUAACUCGAAUAAUCCAGUUUCAUCCAUAAUGAGUACCGAUGAGAGUUCUGUGGUCGUAGUAAAGGCAAAACCCGUGAGAAAGGUCUUCAAGGCUCCUGUAAGAGUCAAUAAAAUACCUCAGGAACUUCUGAAUGAUCCUCUGUUGAAUGCAGCCAUAGCAGCACUCCCUCAGAAUUAUAAUUUCGAGAUUCACAAGACCAUUCAGAGGAUCAGGGAGACCAAGGCCAAGAGAGUUGGUCUACAAAUGCCCGAAGGACUCUUGCUGUAUGCAACCACUAUCGCGGAUAUUAUCGAGGACUUCACAGAGGCUGAGACUGUCAUAAUGGGUGACGUGACUUAUGGUGCUUGUUGUGUCGAUGAUUAUUCAGCGCGUGCCCUGAACAUUGACAUUCUGAUUCACUAUGGACACUCCUGCCUCAUCCCCAUCGACCAGACUGCCGGCAUCAAAGUCCUCUACAUAUUCGUGGACAUUAAGAUCGAUACCGCCCAUUGUAUUGAUUGCUUACAAGCCACAUUGCCAGUGAUCACCAAAAUAGCCCUCGUAAGCACGAUACAGUUCGCGGGAACGCUCCAGGCGAUCGCCAAGGAAAUGCGGAACGCUGGGUACGAGACAACGGUGCCCCAGAGCAAACCUUUGAGUCCUGGAGAGAUUCUGGGUUGUACAGCUCCACAAAUCCGUUGUGCAGACGCCUUAAUCUACAUUGGAGAUGGUAGGUUCCAUCUCGAGGCAGCGAUGAUAGCGAAUCCAAGGCUGAGGGCCUUUAGGUACGAUCCCUACGACAAAAAACUCACGGAAGAGUUUUACGAUCACGAACAGAUGAGAAUUGUCCGACACAAUGCCAUAGAAAGGGCCAAACAUUCACAAACCAUCGGAUUAGUACUUGGAACGUUGGGCAGACAGGGAAAUCCAGCGGUUCUGAAGGGUUUGGAGAGACGAAUUAAUGCUCUUGGAAAGAGGAAUGUCAAUAUCCUUCUGUCAGAAAUAUUUCCGGACAAAAUUGCCAUGUUCGAUCAUGUGGAUUCUUUCAUUCAGAUUGCAUGUCCAAGGCUGAGUAUAGACUGGGGCACGGCCUUUCAAAAGCCAUUUCUCACCCCAUACGAGGGUGCUGUGUCACUAAAUCUAUCGAAAUAUGAGCAAGACAAACCCUACCCAAUGGACUUUUACGCAUCGGCUUCUCUCGGACCAUGGACACCCAAUCACAAACCGAAUGAUCUUGAAAAGCAGAGUGACGCGUGUUGUGGCAAAUGUAAGAAUAAAUAAUACUUUUAUUAUUUUAAUUAACGGCUUAACUGGAAAUAAAGGGAACACACUUUUAACAAA